CCCUGCACUACAGACGACGGCGGCAGGGGCCGACCGAUAGAAAAGAGAGCGCCGCCGCCGGCAACCUCAUCCCCAGGAAGCAGCCACCGAAGACUCGAGAGAGGGGCGAGCGUGCUAAGGAGAUAGGCAAUGGAUCCUGCUCAGAUUCCUCAAGGGCACGAUCCUGCUCCAAGUAUGGUAUGUGUGGAUGCCAAGAGGCUGCGGCGUUCUGCAAUGCCAGCCGACACCGUAUCCAAAGUGAUCAACGCUGACAACACUAGUUCCUGGUCGGCGCCCCCGCUGGACGAUGAUGAUCUCCUUGAGGAGAUCUUUCUCCGCCUCCGUCCAAAGCCAUCUGCACUUCUGCGUGCCUCCCUCGUUUGCACACGCUGGUGUAGCAUACUCUCUGACCCCAAGUUCCUCAAACGUUAUAGGAAACACCAUCGGAAGCCUCCUCUAUUGGGCUUCUUCACAGGAAAUAGUGGCACAGAAUACAAUUUCGUUCCUGCUCUAAAGGCGAAGCCCAACCGCAUCCCGGCUCAGCGCUUCACCAUACCCAGGAGCAGCAGCCCCUACGACCGUUGGAACUUCCUUGGCUGUCGCCACGGCCUUGGUGUCCUAAUGCACUACUAUGGGCGUGAGGUUGUUGUAUGGGAUCCCCUCACCGGCCAGCAGCACCACGUUCCGUUUCCGCCUGAGCUACGUAAUGCCAGAGGGGAUAUUUAUUGGAGUUGGCACGCCGCGGUGUUGUGCGCUGAUGACGAUGAUGGACAUGUGCACGGCGAUUGCUUCUCAAGCCCGUUUAAGUUGGUUUUGAUAGCUGCUGGACAGACGCAGGCUUUUGCUUGCCUCUAUGAAUCGGUGUCUGGUUUAUGGGGAAAUAUUGUCUCAACAUUGACUACAACUACGAUUCAUGAGAUUAGACACAGCGUUCUCAUUGGGAAUGCACUUUAUUGUUUGUUCGGUGGAGGUGACAUCCUUGCAUAUGAUAUUGAUGGACAAAUCCUUAGUCACAUUGAGAAGCCAACUGAGGCCUAUCAUACUGGCUUGGGCUUUCAGCUUUGGCGGACAAAUGAUGUUUGUGGCCUUGGCCUCGCUGUUAUGUCAAAACUGGGCAUACAUUUAUGGGAGUGCAAAAUGUACUCUGAAGGUGUUUUCAGAUGGGUGCUGCAGCCGAAAAUCAUUCAACUUGAGGAGCUCUUUCCACAGAGGAUCGGUAGCGACCACAAAAAGGUGUACAUGGUGGGCUAUGAUGAGGAGUCAAAUGUUAUUUUUCUGGCUACGUAUAUUGGUGACUUCAUGCUCCAACUUCAGUCUAUGCGGUUUAGAAGAAUUUCCGAAAGAAAUUGCUGGGAUAACAAGAUGCAUUAUCCCUACAGAAAUUUCUAUACUGCAGUGAAACCAUCUGCUAUGUGAAAUAGUUACGCAGUUGUCAGCCUGACAGCAGAAGACGAAAUGAGCACCAGAAGAACACUUUCAGCGAGGAACAAUUUAAGGAGAUCCGGUGGAGCCUGGAGAUUUGGCAAGGGCAGACGUUCUGAAUCACAUGGGCAGUGGCACUGGCAAUGCUAUCAUACUCGUGUGUCAAUUAGGCAGCAUUUUUUCUCUCCAAG